GAGCUUCAACUUCUCCAGAACGUUUUCCAUCAUGAACAUAGACGAGAAUCCUGGAUUUAUCAUCCACGAAAGAAAUGGGAUCGACAAAACCACUGCUGGAGCAGACGUGAGGCCUCUGGAGGAGAAAGAGAAUGACAGCAACGUGACUGAGAAUGUGUUGCAGUGCGUUAAAGGCAUGAUCAAGGUGGAGCCUGACGAGCCUGAAAACAAUGAAGAAGAAAGACCGAUUUUUCCAAAAGAGGAAGGAGAUGGGGCGGUGGAUGAAGGAAUGGAAGAAGGAUACGACGGAGACAGGACGGAUGACGACGACGAAAUUGACGAAGAGAAGGAUUACGUGAACGAACCGGAGGACCUGUCCCUGGUGGACUAUUCACGCUAUUCACCCAUGCAGGACUCCUCGGCACGGGCGGCAGCGGAGAGGACUUACAUGGCCGGACCGAUGAGUCCACAUUUGCAGCCCACGGGGAAGCUCAACUGUGACAUCUGCGGCCUGUCGUGCGUCAGCAUCAACGUACUGCUUGUGCACAAGCGCAGCCACACGGGUGAGAGACCGUUCCACUGCACUCAGUGCGGCGCAUCCUUUACCCAGAAGGGAAACCUGCUUCGCCACAUCAAACUACACUCCGGGGAGAAGCCUUUCAAAUGUCCCAUGUGCAGCUACGCCUGCCGCCGACGUGACGCCUUGAGCGGCCACCUGCGCACCCAUUCUGUGGAGAAGCCCUUCAAGUGCAACCUCUGCAGUCGCAGUUACAAGCAGCGUAGCUCCCUGGAGGAGCACCGAGAGCGCUGCCACGUGUACGUUCACAGCAAAGACCUUCCUGAGAACGUGUCUUUCUGUGAAACAGACGAUAGUCAAGCGCAGAGGACUCAGAUGGGCAGCAAGCGCGCUUUGCUGCUCGACCGGCUCGCCAGCAACGUUGCCAAACGCAAGAGUUCAAUGCCGCAGAAGUUCACGGGUGAUAACGGCGUCUGUCUGGACUUGAGCUUUAACAAGGAACAACCCGAGGAGCUCCCGUUUAGCGCGACGACGCCCGACGCCCACCGCCAGCGGCCAAUAUUGCAUCCCGGCCCAGACGGCGAUCCGGCUUAUCCCCAGAGGCAGUACCCCGCCCUGAGUCCAAUGAGCCUGAGGAACGGCCACAGGAUGAUCAUGCAGCUGCCGGGUCACCCUCACACCCCCCAGCAAGCCCUUGGCAUGGAUGCCUUCCACGCUGACGGGUCACAGGUCUCCCAGCCCGUCAUGUACAGCUUAGGGCACUUACUGGGGGGGCUCAACCAUCAGAACGGGGCCUCACCCUCCCAGCCCGUCCACUAUUCCUCCCAGGAAGCCAUGCAGGUCGCGCGGUCCGACGGAGAGGCCGGAGCGUUCCCCGGGGCCGUGUUCCCCUGCAGUCACUGCAAGGUGAUCUUUCUCGACUACGUCAUGUUCACAAUCCACAUGGGGUGCCACGGCUUCCGAGACCCGCUCGAGUGCAACGUGUGCGGCCAUCGCAGUCGGGACCGAUAUGAGUUCUCGUCGCACAUAGUCCGCGGGGAGCAUCGGCUGGACAUGAAGUAGUUACCCUCACCAGUUCACACACACACACAGUUACAGUCAUUUGAACAAGAAAUAUGACCCCCGUUAAGUACACAGUGAAUAUACAGUGGAACCCGCUUGUGUCGACAACAGUGACGUCCAACGUUCCCUCUAAUGUGCGCGCCUGCGCAAUUGCGCACUGCUCACGCGUCCUCUGCGCACAGCAAAUUAAUGGCGCGCAGAAAAUCUAAAAUCCCAUCUGAACUGUAAACGAAAUUAACACAUUACAAUUUAUUCUGUAUGAUUUUGCAAUGCAACUCUGUGAGUGACAGGUGACAACAAGAGUGGCCCCAAUGAAUAAAACAAUCUUUGUCAACACAGUUCAAUUAUCGUCUGUCGAGACACUUUACGGACAGGAAUUCCAUCCAUCACUUUAUUGAGCAAAAACCACACCAAAAACAUGAGUAAAUUAAAGCUGCAAGCAGCAUUGGUCGGGUCCGCCUUUUGGCAGGUGCUAGUCCUAGGUGUCCCAAUACUUUAGUCCAGUGGUAGUCCUGAGUGAGACCUACAUAGAGGUUUUUGUUUCGUGUCUCUACGAUAUUCGUACUGGGAGUUAGAGGAAGUUGUGUGUGAGAAGUUUGGUGAGUUUUGAAGUAUUUUAAGGGGGUCAAAUUACAGCUCAAAAAUCAAAAAAAGAGUGUUUUUAGUCAUUUUUUGUCUUGAAGGGGAAAUUGCCAACUUCCUGUUGGUUUUCGCCCGAAGAAGUGAAAUUAUGGAUUGUAGGUCUAAGUGAGACCUACAUACAGGUUUUUGUUUCAUGUCUCUACGACCUUCCUAGUGGGAGUUAGAGGCAGUUUUCUUCCUAGGGGGCGCUAGAGAGCAAUGUUGAUUUUUUGGGUUUGGUUUUUGAUAAAAGUGAUCUCGAAGACGUUUCGUGUGUGUGUAAAAAAUUUGGUGAGUUUUGAAGCAUGUUAAGGGGGUCAAAGUAGCGCGCAUAGGUGCGGAAUAAUAAUAAUAAUAAUAAUAAAGAUUACAAUUUCAAUAGGGUCCUUUCGUCCCAUUGCAAAAGGACUCCCUUUGGGAUUCCUUUUGAAAAGGUCCUGUGCGGACCCUAAAAAACUUCUAUCUAGAAAAACUGGUCAUUUUCUGCCAUACAAACCAGGCUUAAACCAAGUUUGUCAUCCGUCAUAUCACCAGAAGCCGCUCGCUCCGUCUCACCUGCACCAACACACAUGGCACUUAGCCAGUGCUGUGUUUAUGGCCACACAAAAAGUCAGACAACCCCAAUGCCACACAUUGUGUAAAUGCCAGGUUGUAACACUCUGACUCCUCAAUCAGAUGUAUGCUUAUUUUACUGCCAUUUAUUAAGGAUGUUAAUCUAAGGAUAUUAUUCAUGAAAUGUUGUCACUAGAUUUCAUAAAUGCUAAUAAAAAGAUGUAUUUUACAGACAGAAAGUUACAGGAACUAAAAGUAAUCUCUGAAAGGGGUAACAUUUCUUUUAAAGGCAGGACCCGCAGCCAGACAUACAAUACUAGCACAUAGGUCAUGAAAAACAUGUUUUUUUGUUAUUGUCAUUGUAAGGGGGCAAAAUCACUUAUAUCAGAAAAUAAUUUUAAUAAAACAUUUAAAUUGUUAUGAUGUCAGCUUUGGG